AUGAAGACGCUUGUAUUUGCUGCUAUUUUCAUAGUUGUGGCUGUUUGUGUGGCUUCUGCUGAAGCUAGGGAAGAAGGUUCCCAUACUAUGGUUAAGAGGCAAAUAGUGAAACCCCAGACGAUAUUCGUGAAGCCACCACCUGGGUGUGGUAUGCCGUUUUGGGAGUGCACCAGGCGCUGUCAACAGCGGGGACAUCUCAGUGGUGGAUACUGCACAAUGACUGGAUGUGUGUGCCUUCGAUAG